AUGUCGUCGAUCACCGACAGUAUCGUCGAUGAAGAGCGUCAACUGUAUGGCGGCGAGCCGGUGCCGGCAGAUGUGAAUGAGAAUGAAAGCAAUAGUAACGAUAAUGCAACCACAUCAGCUGAGAACAUUGACGAGUCGAAUGAAGUGGCAGAUCUAGAGCAGAAUCUUUUGGAUGCGGACGAUGAUGAGAGCGAUGAUGAAGGGUUUGUGGUGACCAUUGGUCAGGUCAAACAAAAUACGCCUUUUGUGGCAGCACCUAAAGCGACGACAGCUGGCGGAGGGUUCGGUAAAUUGGAUAUAGAUGCAACACCAACCAUCAAUGGACAACCCAUUUACGAUCUCGAUUUGGCUGCCAUGGAGGAUCGUCCUUGGCGUAAACCUGGCGCUGAUAUAACCGAUUAUUUCAAUUAUGGAUUCUCUGAGGAGACCUGGAAUAUGUACUGUGAACGGCAACGAAAGCUACGAUCUGAAUAUGGCACUCAGGCUGCGGUCAAUAAAGCAAUCUUUUCGACGAUCAGUUUAGUGGGCAAUCCAACGGUACCUACAGCUGUGCUAACGGGUGGUCGUCAACUGCAAACCAUUCCGAUUGUGGGUCAGGAUAAGAAUCCGGUGGAUCUUUCGAUGGCGUUCAAAAGCAGUGCACCGCCACCCGAGCCGCAGCAACCGGUCAUUCGAACGGUGCUCACUGUUGGACAACCUCCUCGAACCAUCACCACCUCUGCAACUGCGCCGGCAUCGGCCUCCUCGAUUCCGACCAGUCUACCAAACACCGACCACACUCCAGCGCCAUCUUCAGAAGGCGUUCUCUCAUCGUCACCGUCCGUCUCGAAUACAUCAACCAUACCCACGAUAACACCCGAUUUCAGCAAACCACCACCUUUGGCUGUCAGUGUCCCGGCCGAACCUCCUCCGUCUAGUAAUAUUGUUAAAACAGUUUCAACCAUUCCCACAAUCGGUUCAUUACCAGUCUCAAUUGCACCGCAAACAACUUCAAGUGAUGGACCACCAGGCGUGGAUGAACCAGCUCCGCCCGGUUCGUCCACUCCACCAAAUAAUCCACCUUCGAAUAGUUUCCCAGAGAUCGCACCUCGUCAAAUUCCAACUCUUGGUGCCACCGUUGACACGUCGAUACCACCUCCUACUUUCAAUCCAAUGCUGCCCCCGCCUGGCAUAGGCGGUCCGCCGCCACCUGGAGCGGUGAGACUUGGAUUGCCGAAUACGAACGUUCCUCCGCCAGGAUUCAAUAUUCCACCUCCGGCGUUCGGCCAACCUCCACCAGGCUAUCCACCUGCGAGAUUUGCAGCAAUGCCUCCGCUCGGUCGUCCUCCCCCCUUGAUGGGUCGACCGGCGUUCCCACCACCCGGUAUGGAACAAGCAGUGCCGCGACGAGAUGCGGACGACAGGGAACGUGAUCGCGAUCGAGGUCGAGAUAGGGAACGUGAUCGGGAUCGCGACCGAGACCGCGGUGGUGAUUCUGGUGGCAGCGACACUGAGGAGUACAGCGGUAGCAGCAGAAGGCGACGUGGACGUAGACGAUCGCGUUCGUACAGUCCGCGUUCAUCAUCAUCUCGUCGGUAUCGUGAGGAGCGCGAACGAGAUUCGGAUCGGUAUCGUGAGAAAGGUGAUCGCGAUCGUGAGCGUGAAUCGCGCUCAUCUCGAAGACAUCGGUCAAGAAGUGGAUCUCCUUAUGAAAGUUCGCGAAGUUCGCGACGAAAGGACGAUAGAGGUUCAGGUGAUAAGGAGAGAGAGAAGAAGAAGAGGGAUAAGGAUGAUGGGGCAGAGGAUAAAGACAAGGAGAAGAAGGAUCGCGAUAGGGAGCAGGAUGGCUCUGAGCGUAGUGAUCGUGAGCGAGACAAGGAGAAGGAAAAGAAGAAAAGACGUCAUAAAAGUGAUGAAGACAAAGUGGAUAAGCGAGAAAAGGAUCGAGACAAGAAGAAGAGUAAACUCGACGAAUCAUCGCAACAGUCCUAA